GAGGUGGCUGACGGGCGUUGUUUGCAUCGGCUUCUCCCGCAGGUUUUGGGCGCUGGGCGAGGCUCUACCUCCUCCUCCUGCCCAUCCCUUAGGAAGGACCCCACAGGAAGGAAGGAGAAGGCAAUGGCUGCUGGGCUGCUACCAUGGGGAGCUCAGGAGUCAGCGACACUCAAGGAUGUGUGUGGAUUUCACCUGGGAAGAGUGGAUUCAUCUAGCCUGUGCUCCGAGGAAGCUGUGUGGGAACGGGACACCGGAGAACUACAGGAAUGUGCUCUUGCUGGGGUAUCACCUUUCCAAACCAGAUGUGAUUUCUCAGCUGGAGUGAGAAGGACUGAGCCUGAUGCAAAAGAGCUUCCAGGGGCGUCUCUGUAGGUAAAGUGUUAGUCUUGUUACUUGAGUGUGUCACUGGGGAAGAAGUCACUCCAGAGAUCACUGGGUGCCUUGGGGAGACCUGCAUGUUCGACGUGUGUUCUCUUGAACCUCUCCCAUGAUCGGUGCCACGCCUCCUCCCUGGUGUGGCAUGUCCUUGCCUUGGUGACACUGUGUGGGGUAAAUGAGUGCUGCACUGCCUGGGACAUCCCAGAAAGGAAGUAAAUAUUAGUGAUUGUUUCCCAUUUCUCUCUCACUCUGCUUUAUUCUCUUUGUUCUCUGGCAUGGGUCUGUCUUAGCCAUAACCUGUAUCUAUGGCUUCCUUUCCUGGAUAACUUAACAUUUUUCUUCCUCUGCGUUGUAUUGGUGCUUUAGGGUCUUCAUUUAAAGACCAAUGAAAAUGACUUCAGCUUUUUUUUUUUUUUUUUUUUUACCAGUAAUGUUACAUUUUCUACAUUUUCAUUCUCAUUUCAAAGUUUGUAAUCUGCAUCAACUGCCUAUUCAAUCUCAUUCUCCUCUAAAAACUUAAUCUUUAUUAUCUGGUUUCUAAUCCCCUUCACAACUGAAAUGUCUCUUUCAGAUGUUAUUACUGACUUUCUGUGAAAAAGUGUUCUACACCUUUAUAUUGCUCUGCUCAGUGUGAAAGUGUUGGUCACCACUUCUUUUUAUAUGGUUAAAAUUAUGAGAUAAGCAAGUAAUUUUUGAUCUCUGGUUAGUGUACGCUUAUGGAUAUAUAAUGCAAUAAAAAAAAGGAAGUGAAAGAACACACUGAUAGGAAAGAAAAUAAUCUAAUGAACAUUGUUGCUGUUUUCCAGUAAGCUUUCUAAGGAAUGGGAUUCUAGAAGAAUCACUGGUCAAAGGAUACUACAUUUUUAGGGCCCUUGCUACAUAUUGCACAGCUUUGGAUACUGUGCUUUUUAAUGCUAAUUUAUUAGGUAUAAAAUGACCCCUUCAUGAGCAUUAAUUGCCUUUAUUACAGAUCUGUGUGGAUUUGAUUACUAUUUGUACUUAUUCUUAAUAUAAAUAACCUAUUUAUUCAACGGUUGUUUUUUGAGCAUAUUAGGCCCUGUUCGUAGCACUGCAGAUACAGCAGUAACCAAAACAGGCAGUUUCUCUGUGGAGCUUUAUAGCCCUAGUAAGGGAGACAGUAAAUUACUAAAGGAAAACAGCAGGAAAUGAGUAUUACAGAGUCAUGGUGCUGGGGGGAGACAGCAGCAUCAGGAACUGCAAGUGUUAACAGUGCUGUGUGUAUAUAUCUCUAUAUAUAGAUAUAUAAAAUAUUUAUAAUAUCUGUAUUUAUUAUAUUUAUAUAAUAUAUAUUUAUUUAUUUCAAGGAGGCCUUUCCUCUGAGGUGACUGAUGGGCCCCAAGGGGGCACUCUAGGCACAGGGGACAGCAGGUACAAAGACCUGCCUGCAGGGGUUGCAUGGUGUUGUUUGAAGGGAAGAGUGCAGGGAGAUGUGAAGAUUUUCUUAAACUUUUUUUCCUUCUGUGAAAAAAUUUAUUUCUACUGUCUUUUUUAAAAAAUUUCUGUGAGCCUUCUCACUCUCUGAGUGUUCCUUUUUUUAUUGGGUUGGCCAAAAAGUUUUAGUAUGAUGGCUCUAGUAGUGCUUAGUUGUCUUUAACUUCAUUUGAAAUAAUUUUGUUAGAUUGUACUGUGACAGCUGUCAUAUCAGCCUGCAUUAAAAAAAACUUAGCAAAAUUGAUGAAUUUUUGUGCAGCCAUUUUAAUACCAAAGAUGGAAGAAGAUACAUACUUUCAGUGUAUUAUGUUUUAUUAUUUCAAGAAAGGUUAUAUCCAGUGUAACUGAAAUGCAAAAAAAAAAAGAUUUGCGCAGCAUAUGGAGAAGGUACUGUAGCUGAUGGAAUGUGCCAAAAGUGGUUUGUGAAGUUUCUUGGUACUAUUGACAUUUUGGUCAAAUAACUCUCUGCUAUGGGGCAGUCUUACCCAUUGGAAGAUGUUUAACAGCACCCUUGGCCUGUACCCACUAGAAACCAGUAACAGGAGAUAGCCAACAGACUUAAAAUAUCCAAAUCAGCAAAGUGAUUGGUGAAAAUGAAAAGUGUCUUUUAUUUUGUGGAGAAAGCCAUAUGGAUUUUUUGGCUAACUCAAUAAAUAGCUGUCUAUUUUUAUGCAUUCAUUAACUUGUCUGUAUGAGGAUAUUUAAAUUAUUUGGGUUUGAGUGUUUAGCAUUUUUUCCCUUGUUCUCUACAUUUUGGUGGGUUUAUAUAGGCUUUUUUGAGUAUUCCACUGUCAUUUUGGUGGUUUUUCUGGACGCAGCAGAGGCAAACACAUGUAUUCUUGAUACUUUGUUUUCUUUUCCCAUUUCUUUACCUGUCUUCAGGCUUCUCCAUUGGACUGGAUCCUACAGAUUCUUCACUUGUUUGUGACUGCGUUUCACUGUUUUCCUUGUCUCUUUGAAAAUCUGCACAGCAACUAGUAUGUAGGUUCACUGAGUUGUCAUGAGUGAGCUUACUUCUCUUUAUAACCUCUACCUACCACAUUCCCUGCCAGAGGUGUUUAUUAUAUGUUUGUUGAGUGACUACUGAUGACAUCCAGUAGAAUUUUUAGAAAUCAGGUGAAAAGACAGAUUUGAGAGUUAUAUGUGUGACAUUUAUAUCAAUUUGUCCUGUUAAUUAUCAGGAAGGGUAAAUGAUAGGGCAAAGCAAUGAGGAUGAAACCCCAAAGAACAAUAAUGUUUGGCUGGAAGCCACGGAUGCUCUGGCAAAGGUGACAAAGAAUGGUCAAAGGAGGAGGGAAUUAUGGGAGAGCUGGGCCAAGAAGAGAGAGAAGAAGAGGGUGAGUACACCAAUGCCAAGAGGGAAAGAGAGGUGGUCUGUGACCCUGGGAGGACCACUUCUGGUGUGAGGGAGGCAUGCUUUGGUUGAGAGCAGACUGUUGUUUCAACAAGGUUAGUUUUAAGGAAAGGGAAGAAAGGGCAAGAUCUGAAAGAAGUCAUAGGCAGGGUGCCUCUGGUUUGUUUUCACCCAGGAGGAGACUUGACUGUAUUUACAAGAGCAGAGGUAUGUGUUACAAAGGAGACACUGGGUGUGUGGAGCAGGACAUGCGAUGAUGUGCAAACUGCAGAUCUUCCUUCCAGAUUUUAUUCCAUGUUCCUGUUGGAUUAAGCCACAGUUUCAUCUCACUGUGCUGUCCAAAACCGAGACAAGAAAACAUUGCUUGAGUGCUGCACUUGGCUCUUGCCUGGCCAUCAUCUGAUGUGUUCCUCACAACAUUCCGUGGGACUGGGAGACAAGACUUGAAACCAAAAAGACAAGUCCAAAGCCCAACAUUACCGAAGAUUUAUCCUAUCUGGUAACAAUGGAAAAGAAAAGUCUCUGGCAUUCUUCUUUAGGGGAGACCUGGGAACCUGAUAAUUGGUUACAGGGGCAACAGAAAAACCCAGAUAGACAUCUGGGUGAAGUGGCAGUUACCCAUAAGGAAACCCUCACUGAGAGGAGGGUAUGUAGAGGUAAUGAAUUUGGAAGAUGUUCCAGUCAGGGUUCAGUCAUUGAUAUACAACAAAGUAUUCCUAUGGGAAAAAGGUCCUGUUAUCAGAAUUCACAUGGAAAAGAUAUUAAACAAAAUUCUGAAUUAGUUAAGAUUCAAAGAAUGCUGAUAGGAAAGAAAGUCUAUGAAUGUAAUGAAUGUGGGAAAGCCUUCAGCCAGAGCUCAUCCCUUCUUAAGCACCAGAGGAUUCAUACUGGGGAGAAACCAUAUAAGUGUAAUGUAUGUGGGAAGCACUUCAUUGAACGUUCCUCCCUUACUGUACAUCAAAGAAUUCAUACUGGAGAGAAACCCUACAAAUGUAAUGAGUGUGGGAAAACCUUCAGUCAAAGCAUGAACCUUACUGUUCAUCAAAGAACUCAUACUGGAGAAAAACCCUAUCAGUGUAAAGAGUGUGGAAAAGCUUUCCGUAAGAAUUCAUCCCUUAUUCAACAUGAAAGGAUUCAUACUGGUGAGAAACCCUACAAAUGUAAUGAGUGUGGGAAAGCUUUUACCCAAAGUAUGAAUCUCACAGUGCAUCAAAGAACUCAUACAGGAGAAAAACCCUAUGAAUGUAAUGAAUGUGGGAAGUCUUUCAGUCAGAGUAUGCAUCUUAUUGUACAUCAGAGAAGUCAUACUGGAGAGAAACCCUAUGAGUGUAGUGAAUGUGGAAAAGCCUUUAGUAAGAGCUCAACUCUUACCCUGCAUCAACGAAAUCACACUGGAGAAAAACCCUACAAAUGUAACAAAUGUGGGAAAUGCUUUAGCCAAAGUACAUACCUUAUAGAACAUCAGAGACUUCAUUCUGGAGUAAAACCUUUUGAAUGUAAUCAGUGUGGAAAAGCUUUCAGUAAGAAUUCAUCUCUUACUCAGCAUCGGAGGAUUCAUACUGGAGAGAAGCCUUAUGAGUGUGUUGUAUGUGGAAAGCAUUUCACUGGGCGAUCAUCCCUUACUGUACACAGGGUUAUUCAUACUGGAGAGAAACCUUACAAAUGCAAUGAGUGUGGAAAGGCCUUCAGCCAGAGUGCAUACCUUAUUGAGCAUCAAAGAAUUCAUACUGGUGAGAAACCCUAUGAAUGUGAUCAGUGUGGCAAAGCCUUUAUUAAGAAUUCGUCCCUUACAGUACAUCAGAGAACUCAUACAGGAGAGAAACCCUAUCAGUGUAAUGAAUGUGGGAAAGCUUUCAGUCGGAGUACAAACCUUACACGACAUCAGAGAACUCAUACGUGAGGAAAGUUUUCAUCAGGCCCUUUACCAUGGUUAACGUUUCAGUGAUAAUCAGAUAAGUCAUAUAAUGUAGAAAUUGAAUAAAUGUGAAGAUUUGGGGAAUAUUUUGGUUGAUGUAUGUUAUACCAUGUCAGAUGAUACAGACCACUGCAGAGAAACCAUAAAAAAGUGGAAAAUCUUGAUUCAGAAAGAACUUUGUAUCAGAAGGUUUAAUGUUCUAAAGAACAUGCUGAAGAUAAGUUCCGUUAUAUAAUACUGCAGAUUCUCCUUUGUUUAUCAGAGACUUCACAGUGGAGAGGAAAUGUGAGAGUGCGUAACUGGACAGCUGAAAGACCUGGAAUAUACUCUGAUCUGUCACUAACUUGGACAAGUCACCUACUCUUACCAGGUCACAAUGUCCGUAUUUGGUAAAUGAGGGAUUUUGGAUUUAGAAGUUCUUCAGGAUCCCUGUGAGCUCUACAAAGCAACAAACCUAUAAAUAUAAGGAAUGCUGGGACAUCCUUAAUCUUUUACCAUGUUAUAUAUGUUAUUAGAUGCCCCUGUUUUACAACCUGGUUUCCCUUGAUGUUGUGAGUUAAAAUUCUCUACCUCUACCAAAUCUUUUUAUUCCUCCAUGCUCUUCCUUCUCCCUGCAUUAUUUUCUCCCCUAAAAUACAGGCUGGUUGCUAACAGAUGAUGGGAUAACUGUACAAACUUUAAUGUAACAGCAUGCUGUUUUGAGCUCUCAAGUCAUUAAAUUGUUAAAUAAGCUAAUUAUUUAGAAAAUAAAACUUAUAGUGUUUACAUAGGAUUCAAAUACAUAUCUUUGUAUCAUACUGUACUGAAAUGGAAAGGAGAAUAGGCUAAACACUAAUAGACAUGAAAAUCUGACAUAUUAAGAAAGUCUUUGUAACUCAAAACAUAUUCAGAACAAUCUUAUGGAGAUUGUAUAAUUCUAUAGAUAUGAUAGUAGAAAAACUUUUAUUUAUUUCACAUACAUUUAAUAAGUGCUAAACAUGUGCUAAGAUAGUUAGAAAAUCAAAGAAUGUGCUGUAGCCCUGGCUGGUAUGUCUCAGUGGUUGAAUGCCAGCCUGUGAACCAAAGAGUUUCAGGUUUGAUUCCUAGUCAGGGCACAUGCCUGGGUUGUGGGCCAGGUCCCUAGUAGGGGGUGUGCAAGAGGCAACCACACACUGAUGUUUCUCCUUCUCUCCCUCCCUUCCCCUCUCUAAAAAUUAAAUAAAUACAAUCUUUUAAAAAAAGAAUAUGAUACAUUCUUGCUUUCUAAGGUUUAAACUGAGAAAAUGGUAGUGGGAUAGGGAAGGAAAAAUUCAAGCAAAAAAUGAUACAAUCUAGAUAAUGUGGUAACUGAUUAAAUGUGAGCACUUGAGUUUUUUAUUUGGAUAUAUAGAUGUGCCAUAAUUAAAAAUAUUAAGUUGA